GUGCUGCAUAAAGAUGGCGGACCGCGGUGGUUACGGAACAGCAGAGCAGAGCUCCGGUCGUGUUUAGUUUCGUCCCCGCUGCUUUCUGCCGCUUCAGGUCGCACUGUUCUCGCCGGAAGGAUGGCUCACCGCUACCUGCGGCUGUCGGCCGGCUGUAGGAGCCUGUUUCGGCUGCUGCUGCCGCCCUCCGGCGCUCCGACCAGGCUGGUGAUGUCUUUGACCACGGCUGGGCAGGUAGAGAGUGGGCGGAGCCUGCUGAUUGACCUGCUGGGAGCCUACAGGAGGCUGAGCUCCAAACCUCCCAAAGGUUUUGAGAAAUAUUUUCGUGACAGUCAGAAAACUCCGAAAAACAGCGAAACCGAGGCUGCAGCCAAAGAAUCUAAACCUUCCAACGCUCAGAGAGCCUCAGAGAGGUCCUCAGGUGGAGGAGGAGGAGCAUCUGGAGGAGGAGGAGGAGGAAAGAGAGGAGGCCGUAAAGAGGAGUCUCACUGGUACAGUCGCCUGCAGAAGGGUGACGUUCCCUGGGAUGACAAGGAGUUCCGGAUGUUCUUUCUGGGCGGAGUGACGUUCUGGUUCACUGUCACCUACUACUUCUUGUUCCGGGACGGAGGCCGAGAGGUCACCUGGAAGGACUUUGUCAACAACUACCUGUCCAAAGGAGUGGUGGAUCGGUUGGAGGUGAUCAACAAGCGCUUUGUUAAAGUGGUGUUCUCUCCGGGGAAGACGCCGGUGGACGGGCAGUAUGUGUGGUUCAACAUUGGCAGCGUGGACACGUUUGAGAGGAACCUGGAGACGGCUCAGUACGAGCUCGGCAUCGAGGGAGAGAACCGGCUGCCGGUGGUUUAUUCCACCGAGAGCGACGGCACGUUCCUACUGAGCAUGCUCCCCACCGUGCUCAUCAUCGGCUUCCUGCUGUUCAUGCUGCGGCGAGGCCCGGCGGGGACGGGGCGUCCCGGCAGGGGGAUGGGCGGCCUGUUCAGUGUCAGCGAGACGACGGCGAAGAUCCUGAAAGAUGAGGUCGACGUCAAGUUCAAAGAUGUGGCGGGCUGCGAGGAGGCCAAGCUGGAGAUCAUGGAGUUCGUCAACUUCCUCAAGAACCCCAAACAGUACCAGGACCUGGGUGCCAAGAUCCCCAAGGGAGCCAUCUUGACUGGUCCUCCUGGAACCGGAAAAACUCUUCUGGCCAAAGCGACGGCCGGCGAAGCAAACGUUCCGUUUAUCACCGUCAACGGAUCAGAGUUCCUCGAGAUGUUCGUGGGUGUCGGCCCCGCCAGGGUGAGGGACCUGUUCGUCAUGGCGAGGAAGAACGCUCCCUGCAUUCUGUUUAUCGAUGAGAUCGACGCCGUGGGCAGGAAGAGGGGGCGGGGCAACUUUGGCGGUCAGAGCGAGCAGGAGAACACGCUGAACCAGCUGCUGGUGGAGAUGGACGGCUUCAACACAGCCACCAACGUGGUGGUUCUGGCUGGAACCAACAGACCCGACAUCCUGGACCCGGCGCUGAUGAGGCCAGGACGCUUUGACAGACAGAUCUACAUCGGCCCUCCUGACAUCAAAGGACGGGCGUCCAUCUUCAAAGUCCACCUGCGUCCUCUGAAGCUGCAAGCCGACAUGGACAAAGACUCUCUGGCCAAGAAAAUGGCCGCCCUCACACCUGGAUUCUCAGGUGCAGACAUUGCUAACGUUUGUAACGAGGCAGCUCUGAUCGCUGCGCGACACCUCUCAGACGCCAUCAACCAGAAACACUUCGAGCAGGCCGUCGAGAGGGUCAUCGGAGGUCUGGAGAAGAAGACUCAGGUUCUGCAGCCGGAGGAGAAGAAGACGGUGGCGUAUCACGAGGCCGGUCAUGCCGUUGCUGGAUGGUUCCUGGAGCACGCUGACCCUCUGCUGAAGGUGUCCAUCAUCCCCAGAGGGAAGGGGCUGGGAUACGCUCAGUAUCUGCCCAAGGAGCAGUACCUGUACACCAAAGAGCAGCUGCUGGACCGCAUGUGCAUGACUCUGGGGGGACGAGUCUCCGAGGAGAUCUUCUUCGGACGGAUCACCACCGGAGCUCAGGACGACCUCCGCAAGGUCACCCAGAGCGCCUACGCACAGAUUGUUCAGUUUGGCAUGAAUGCGAAGGUGGGUCAGGUCUCCUUCGACCUCCCCCGUCAGGGAGAGAUGGUUCUGGAGAAGCCGUACAGUGAAGCCACGGCUCGACUGAUUGACACAGAGGUCAGAACCCUGAUCAGCGAGGCGUACCAGAGAACCCAGCAGCUGCUGAAUGACAAGAAGGCCGAGGUGGAGAAGGUGGCGCAGCGGCUGCUGGAGAAGGAGGUUCUGGAUAAGAAUGACAUGGUGGAGCUGCUUGGAAAACGUCCAUUCGCAGAGAAGUCAACGUACGAAGAGUUUGUGGAGGGAACUGGAGGCGAGGAAGAGGACACAACGCUGCCAGAGGGUCUGAAGGACUGGAACCAGGAGAGGAAGGACAGGGAGGAGACCCAGGAGGAACAGGUGGCCCGUCAGAUCUCUGGAGGAAUGCCUUUCUAGAACCCUCUGCUGAACGCCUGGGUUCUUCAAACAUCAAACACUGACCCAUCACUCUGAAACAGCUCAAAUCUGAAGUUACAAUCACUUACAAGGUCUAGAACCUUCUACUGAAUCAACAGCAGGAGCUCUCCUCUUAGAACCUUUCAAAACCACAAACCUCCCCAUGAAGUCCUACAUGUUCUGUUGGAUUCUGAGUUCUACGGCCGAUGACCCAACCCUAACGCGUUUAGAACAUGGUGUAUCUGGAGCUCUACCAUCAACAAGUUGUAGAACCCUGAGAACCUAGAACCUUUCUGUCUCUAAUGUGCUGCACUGAACUUCCAACCUGAACGUCCAACCAUUCUGUUUUAAAACACCUCUAGAACUCAAAUGCCUCCAUGAAAUGAAAACUCGAGGCAUAUUGGUGAGUUCUAGAUUCAAAAUUUGAUUCAGAACUGUUCCCUGCUGUAGAAGCCUUUCUGCACUGCAGGGUUCUGGCCCACUGAAGAACUGCAAAACCACACGUCUCUUCUAGAACUAUAGAGCAGUUCUAGAAGGUUCCUCUCUUUUGGGACAGCAGCCUUCUGUAUCAGACAAGCGUUCCAAAUGCAUUCUAGCUCACACACGACCAGAACGUUUGCCAUUCAUAUGCUAGAACUGGAGAAGACAGAGCAGUUCUCUCUGUAGAACUCUAGAACCUCCCCUGUAUUGGAACAAUCAAAACUAUGGGUUCUCUGAGGAACCCUUCUAAAGAUUUUUUUAAAAAUGAGGUUAUGUCCUAUAAAAAAUCCACCGUUGAACCUGUAGAACCCCAACAGCGCCCUCUAGAACUCCCACAUGGGAUUCUAGCACCAUUUGCUUUUAGUUCUGCGUUGAACUCAAAAGCUGCCGUGGAACCACAGUUCAUCUUACCAUGCUUACAGAAUGUUCUCUCUGGUGUUCUGCAGCGUUCUGUUAACAUGGUUUUCCUCCUAAACCAGAACCACUUUGGACUCAUAGAACCUCUCAUCGAGCUCGACAGUAUUUCUGUGAUUUAAACAAUUUUCUGAUCUUAAAACCUUUGGGUUCAGUUUUUUUGUCAGAACGCACAGUUUUCAAGGUUUGCUGUGUUCCAUGAUCUAUAACAGAACUUUUUUCAGACCCAUGUAGUCAUAGAUAUAUGAAGACCUUUAUAUAUAAAUAUAUCUAUGGAUGUAGUUGGCAGGUUCUGGUUCUGUAUUUGGUGUUCUGCUGUCUGCUUCUGCUCCAUCAAAUCUGUUCAUUCAGUGUGAACUGGUUCUGAGCCUUUGAAGAACCCUGCCACUGAGUUCUGAACAUUUCUCUACAAGACUGGUUCUCUGCCUUGGUUCUGAGUCAAACGUACUUCAACUCGGACCUGCAGAACCAUUCAGGAACAUUGCUAUAUACGUAGAAUUCUGCAGCUGGUUCCUCAUCCCAGGCAACAAGCAGCUCGAUAACGGAGAGAUCGGGCUGAAAACCUGCAGCGUUCUCUGUAGAACCCGGCGCUUUCAGCGGAACACAAAUUGAUCUAAACUGAUUAUAAUGAGAACAUUACCACAUAUUUAUUGACAGGUACUGAUCUCACAUUUGUGACGUUCUGUUUCAUUAGUCACUGAAUGAAGUAAAUCAAAGUUUGGGAGACUUUUUGAAUCUGUCAGAACAAGAGUCUUCGUCUUCAUCAUCACGGCCGUCACCGUGGUAACCGCGCUGCUCGGUCUGUGCUGAUCAGAUAUUGAUUAGGUAUUGGUCAGUUGUUGCUAGCAUGCUGUAUAAGGUGCAGCUCAUGCCGACCUGCUGUCGCUGUAAACAUGUAAGAUGUGUAAUAAUGAGAAUAAAUAACAUGUGAAUGUGUUUUCUGUUUCACGAGUCACAUGAUUUAAUAAACUGAGUGCCACGAUGUUAA